AUGAGUGAAUCCUCAAAUUUUACAAAAAGUUUCUAUUAAACUCAUGAUAAAGAAUCUAGAAAAUUUUUAACAGGUUAAUAAAUCGAAAUGGAAAAACAACCUAAGCAACAUGGAAAAUUAUUACCAAGAUAAGUAAGACUUGAAGAAAUAAAUAUGGUGCAACUUAAAAAUGAUAAACCAAUUAAUUAUCCAAAUGGUUUCCUAUUGAUUACUAAAGUAUUUUUAUUUAAUAAAUUAGUAAGAAUUUGAUACUUUACCAGAAAAUCAAAAAGCAUUUUUUAGAUGGACAACCAAUUAAAAUAAAAAAGUUAGAGUGUUAUUUGAUCGUUCUGAAGGUGGAUCAAAUAGGACAUAAAUUCAACAAUUUGUAAAGCCCACUGCUGUUUAUUUUGAGGAGGUUGCGACAGGAAUGAGAUUUGCAGAAUUUUUGAAGUUCAAAAAUUAACAGAAACUUAAUCGUUCCAAUAAUAUACUUACUAAAUUAAAGUAAGUAUGGUAAUAUAAAUUCCUUGUGAAAUUUUCAUAAGAAUCAGUUUAAAAAUUACAUAAUGUUUCAAACAGAAUUCACUAAGGUAAAAUAAAAGAAUAAAAUGAAUUUGUAUAAGAAUUUGAUACAUUGUAAGAUUAUGAUAAAACUAAAUAUGGAUAAAUGUUAAAGAUUCUAUAUAAUAUGGCUGAAUAGGAGAAAAUGCAUUAAGAGUAAAUAUUGAAGCAAUAAAAAAUAUUGAAGUUACAACAGUAAGAGAACUUUAUCAAAUAAAAUGAGUUUUCAGCAGCAAAAGAAUUGCUAUACCAUUGGAAAUUGAUUGCUGAUAAAAUAUUAAAAGAGAAGGAAGAAUUGGAAGAACAAUAAUAAAGAGAAAUAGAAGAAGAAGAAAGAAGAUUGUAAAAAGAGAUUGAAGAUAUAGAAAAUGAAUAGUAAAGAAUUUCUUAAAUCUAAUAAUCAUAAAUCUAAUAAUCAUAAAUAUAAUAAUAAUCAUAAAUAUAGUAAUAAUAAUAAUAAAAAUAACAUUUAAUUUAACAUAAAAAUUUACAUCUUACCAAUUUUAAACUAAUUAUAGGAUAACAUAUUAAGUUAUAUAAUCCUAUCUUAUAUAUUUAAUUUAAAGCUUUAGAAUCAAAUAAUCACGGAAAGAUGGAAUUUGAUAUAGGAUAAGAGAUCAAUUUCAUGUAAUUAGAUAUAAAAGGAUGGACAACUGAUCUUUAAGUGACUUUGUCUGGUUUUUAAAUUAAGGAUGCUUUAGAUAUAGUGAUAUAUGAUGAUUAUUAAGAAGUAAAUGAGAAAAUCUUUGCAAGAGCCUAAGAAUAAUAAAAUAAUAUUUAAGCUUUUCUGGCUUCUGCCAAGAAGGUCAUGUAAGGUAGAAUUUAUUUAAGAGAAUUCGAAAAAAAUUUAAAUAAUAAUAGAAGACAUUUUGCUGGUUUAGAUGUUUCAGCUAAUCUAUAAUAGAAUGCAACAGGUAAUGAAUUAUUAAAUGUUCCUAUGAUAUAAAUAGAUAUACAUGAAGAUACUCCAUUUUAGAUUUCAAAUUCUACUGUUAAUCCCUUUUAUUUAGAUAUUAUUGAAAUGCCUUUUACAGCUUAAGAGUUAAAGUAUUUUAUUAAAUAAUUAAAAACUCCAUGUAAUAGUUUAUAAGAAAAAUGGAAUUCUUUUUAAAUUGAAGCUUUGGAGAAUGCUCUUCAAACUAGAGGAUAAAUAUGGGUUAAUAGUAAAUAAUCAGAAGAUGAUUUGAUUGAAAUUUAAGAAUAUAUUUUAGAAGAAUUAGGUGUAGAGGAAUAAAAAAGUAAAUCUGUUUUACUGGCAAAUUAUUUAUAACUUAAUCCAAUUCAAGAUAAAUAAUGUUUUGUGAAAAAUAAAAUAAUUGAUGCUUGCAAGAAAGGAUUUACAUAAUAAUCUAGAAUAGAAUUAAUUCCUAUUUUUUUACAAUUUAAUAUAAAAAUUAAGAAAUUUGCAUAAAAUUUUGGAUUAGAAUGGAAUGAAAAUGAAGUGAUACUAGAAAAACUUCACAAUAUAAAACAUAUAGACAAUGAUAUUAAAGAGUAUAAUCACAAUAAUUUUUAAAAAUAUGUCAAGAGUUUAUAAUUUAAAUAGACAACUGUUUGGACAGAUUAAUAUAUAUAAAAGAUAAUGGGAUGGGAUAAUGAUAUUCCAUAUCUUUUAGAUUAUUUUGAAUUGUGUAAUCAUACUAAGAAUAAAAUGAUAUUGACAAUAAGAUUGUUUUAACUUUUUUAUUAAAAGGGCAAUUAUGAAUGUAAUGAUUUUGUUUUUAAAAUAAUUCAAUGUUUAGAUUACAAAUUUAUGAUUCCAAAGAUAAAUUGUGAUUAAUUUGAUAUUGAAUGGUUUAAAACUCAAUUGAAUAAUUUAUUUAGUGAUUUCUUUUAUUUUGAUAUAUGGUUAAGAGUAUUUGAUUACAUAAUUGGUAUAGGUUUUGUAAAUGGAAAUUUUGGAAAAGCAAUAGCUAGUGUUAUGGGUGGAAUUCUAAAUGAAGUUGAUUAUAAAUAAUAUCGUACCAAAUAAGAAUUCAUUACUGGAUUGACAAUUUAUGGAAAGCUAUUAUGUGAUCCUGAAAAAUUGAUUAUGGCUUGUUAUGAUUCUUAUAAUUAAUAAGAAUUCAUAUAUUUAGAAUCUGAUGAGUAAAUCUUUGAAAUUUUGACUUAAAAUGGUAAUCCUUUAGAGUAAAUUUGUAAUGAUUAGAUUUAAUAAUAAAAACCACAUUAAUAAAGUUUUAUAAUUGAUGUUCCUGAAGAACAUGAAGGUUCAAUUUAUGAGAUAUAAGAAUAGUAAUAAGUAUAAGAAAAUUUACAAAGAGCUUAAUCAAAGUUCAUAUUUAAAUAAAAGAUUGAGAAAAUUCAUAUAUUAAUACAUUCUAUGUAUUUACAUUAAAUAACAUUUAAUGAAUAGAAUGUAGUUACAAUUUAGAAUUAAAGAAGAAGUGAAUAAGAAGGAUUAUAUUUUGAAUUACCAUAUAUGUAAUAAAAUUUGGAAAUUAAGAUAAAUGAAAAUUUUAAAGGUUAAAUUGAUAUAGGUUAUUUUAUGGUAAAUACAAUUUAUAAGAAUUCAUUGAUUUUAUAUGAUAAUUAUGAUAUGCAAAGACACUAUUAAAUAUCUGAAUUAGAAUAUUCAAUUGUACUUAUAGGAGAAGGAUUACCUUAUGAAAGAGUUAUAAGUAAAGAUACUGCUAUAAGUAAUUUUAAUGAUCUUGCAUAAUAAUUUAAAGUUUAACAUAACUUUUUAGCACAUCCAGAUGCAUUUAAGAGAGGGAAUGGAUUAAAUUAAACAGAAUUCAAAUAAUUGAUGUUACAAUAUUUUAAAUUAAAUCCUGCAUCACACAAUUUGGAUGAAUUAUAUUAAAAGUUUUUAUUGAAUGGAAAUUCAAUAAUAUAUUUAAUUGAUAUUUUAUUAAAGUUAACUAAAGAUAAACAUAAAUAAUAAGAAGUAUUAAAUUUGUUCAUUCCAAAUGAAAAAGUUAGUCAUAAAUAAAUGAGGAGAGAAUAAUUAGAAAAUGGAGAUGUUAAAUUUUUAAAAGUAUUGAUAUCAGAUGAAAAUUAUGAAUAAAGUGUAGAUUUAACAGAUUAUUUUAAUAAUUUAUUGAUAAAUCAUUAUUUAAAAUAUAACUCAUAUGAUAUAUUGUUUGUUGAUCAUAAUAAUAGAUUAUACUUAUUAGAUAAUGCAGGAUCAUUCUUGUAAUAACUACGAACAUGUAAUUAUAUUUUUAUUUUUAGAAACUUUGAUAUUAAGAUUGAAAUUUAGUAGUUUUGGUAAUAUAAGAAAUAUUCAAUACUAAAUAACAAAAUAAUUUAAAUUAAUAAAAGAAUUAUAGACUACUGCAACAUCAAUUAAAGAAUUAUUAGAAAAUAAUAAGAGAAUAUUAUCAUUGGAUAAUAAUUAAACAUUAAUGAAAAAGGAACUAUAGAAAUUUAAUUAACAUCUCGUAUAUUUGAGAUGCAGAUUUGGAUCUAAACAAUUAGAAACAUGUGAUGUAAUAGGAUAAAUAAUAAACAAAAAUGACUAGUUAUAAUACUAUGUGAUUCAACUUGAAAAUUAAAAAAGAAUCAUCGUAUAUAAGGAAGAUGUGUUAUUAUUUAAUAGUAUUUUAUUAGAAGAAUUAUAAUUGUAUGAUAAGAUAUGGAAAUAAAAACAAUGA